AUGGGCUUUCUGGAACAUCGUACCUCGAACAACGAAGGCGGUGCUUGGCACCGUCUCCUGGACUCCUUCAAGCCGGCGCAGACCGUGCCGGCUGACCCAACCGCAAUGGUUUCGCGUGAGACCGGCGUAACGUCAGAAAAGGGCGUCGACGAUGCUCUCAGCAUUACCGACGUCGAGAGAAGCGUCGCGAACAGCGGCGGCGAGAAAACCGGCGCGCCCGACGAGUCUCAGUACAGAGCAGACCUGUCGGUGCGACACUUGCUCACACUCGCUGUCGGUGGUGCCAUUGGCACCGGUCUUUUCGUCAACUCUGGAUCCGCCCUCACAACGGGCGGACCCGCGUCGCUUGUUAUCGACUGGGUCAUCAUCAGUACCUGCCUGUUCACGAUCGUGAACGCGUUGGGUGAACUGUCGUCGACUUUCCCCGUCGUUGGGGGCUUCAACGUCUACAAUUCGCGGUUUGUCGAGCCCUCGUUUGGGUUCGCCGUUAACGUCAACUAUCUCGCGCAAUGGGCCGUGCUACUGCCGCUCGAGCUCGUGGCUGCGUCCAUCACCAUCCGCUACUGGAACAGCAGCAUCAACUCCGACGCGUGGGUCGCCAUUUUCUACACGGCCAUUUUCCUUGCAAACCUGCUCGAUGUCAAAUCCUUCGGGGAAACCGAGUUCGUGCUCUCCAUGGUCAAGAUCCUCGCCAUUCUGGGGUUCACGAUUCUGGGCAUUGUGCUUGCGUGCGGCGGAACGCCGCACGGCGGCUACAUCGGUGGCAAAUACUGGCACGAGCCAGGCGCAUUUGUCGGCAACACCGGAGGACAGAGAUUCCAAGGUCUAUGUUCCGUUUUCGUCACCGCGGCGUUCUCCUACUCCGGCACAGAACUCAUAGCCGUGUCAGCGGCAGAGUCUGUCAACCCGCGCACGACUCUGCCCAAGGCUUGUAAGCGUACCUUCUGGCUCAUCACGGGCUGCUACAUUGUCGUUUUGACCCUGAUCGGAUGUUUGGUUCCCUACGAUGAUGACAGGUUGCUCAAUGGCUCCAGUUCUGUCGACGUUGCAGCGUCGCCGCUUGUGAUUGCUAUUGAAAACGGUAGAAUCAAGGGUCUGCCCUCGCUGAUGAACGCAAUCAUUCUCAUUGCUGUGCUCUCCGUGGCCAACAGCGCCGUUUACGCUUGCUCCCGUUGCGCCGCUUCGAUGGCCCAGAUCGGGAACCUGCCCAAGAUGUUUGCCUACGUUGACAAGAAGGGGAGACCCCUUUACGCUAUCAUUGCUACUCUUAUUUUCGGGCUCCUCUCGUUCAUUGCCGCUAGCGACAAGCAGAACGAGGUGUUCACUUGGCUGAGUGCGCUGUCGGGUCUUUCUACGCUCUUCUGCUGGUUCUCCAUCAACCUUUCGCACAUCAGAUUUCGGUACACUAUGAAAAAGAGAAACAGAUCUCUGGAGGAAUUGCCUUUCGUUUCAAUGGUAGGCGUUUGGGGGUCCGUCUACGGCUGUGUGGUUAUUUUCUUGGUUUUGAUUGCGUCCUUCUGGACCUCAUUGUUCCCGGUAGGAAGUUCUGGCGCCGACGUUACGUCGUUUUUCGAAGGAUACCUCUCGUUGCCCAUUCUCAUAGUGUGCUACGUUGGCCACAAGCUGGCUACCAGGGACUGGAGACUCUAUGUGCGCGCCGAAGACAUGGACAUCGAUUCCGGCAGACGGGCGAUCGACAUCGAAGUGCUAAAGGAAGAAAAAAGACUCGAACAAGAACAUCUCAAGAGCAGACCGUUCUACGAGAGAUUCUGGCAUCUCUGGUGCUGA